UGUGUCAUCCGGUUGGUGAGUAGAAGACUGAGAACAAGCUUUCGGCAACAAACAGUGAGUUAUUUGAAUGCAUAGUAGCAGCAGACGGCCUGGUUAGCUUUAAAAGGGCGAAGCCAAGGAUAAAUGAAGAAGAAAGCGACUUCGUUUCCGUAAGGUAGCCAUCAGCAGCAGCUCUGAAAGUCUUUCACCAUGAAUAAGCAACAAAGCAAAGAAACGCUGAAAGAAAAAAUGAGGGGGAUCUUUGGUCUGGGGACGCCACGCCAGCAAGCCAAGCAGUGUGACUCGAAGCUGCCAGAGUUUAUAAUCACAGCCGACAUUAUAAAGGAGCUCCACCCUGAUUGUGGCCUGAGCAACCGCAUCCGGGUGAUGAACCAAAUCUGUGACCUGGCAAAAAUCAAAAAAUUUGAAGAGAAUGCAGUGGAGGCUGUGUGGAAAGCCGUGGAGGACAUGCUGUCCCCGGAGCAGCCGCCAGAGGCCAGACAUGCUGUCCUGCAGCUUCUCAGGGCCAUCAUACAAGGACAGGGUGAGUGGCUCGGUCCUCUGAGGGCGUACUUUUUCAAGGUGAUCAGAGACUACCAACCUUGCCACGAGGACCUCUCAGAAAGACUGGAAGUGUUCAAGGCUUUAACGGAAAACGGGAAGGACAUCACAUACCUGGAGGAGGACAUAGCGCGGUUUGUCCUCCUGUGGAUGGACAUAGGUCUCACCUCAGACUUCCUCCACGUUCUCGUGAAUCUGGUUAAGUACAACAGCUGCUACCUGGAUCAGAACGUCUCCAGCAUGGUCCAGAAAAUCUGUGUCCUGUGCAACAGAACAACAUCAUCCACUGAUAUAGAGGUGGCGCUUCAAGUCUUGGAUGCUGUUGUUUGCUACAACUGCCUGCCCUCAGAGUCCCUCACUGUCUUUAUUAUAACGCUCUGCCGUACGGUUAACGUGAAGGAGUUCUGUGAAUCAUGCUGGAAGCUGAUGAGGAAAGUUCUGGGGACUCAUCUGGGUCACAGUGCUAUUUACACCAUGUGCCGGAUCAUGGAAGAGAGUGAAACCUCCACCAGGGUGUACAUGGAAGACGCGCCGCUGCUGAGAGGAGCGGUAUUCUUUGUGGGAAUGGCUCUGUGGGGCGCUCACAGACUCCAUGCUCUGAAAAACACACCAACACUCGUUCUGCCAUCUUUCUACAAGGCUAUGUCAUGUGCCAAUGAGGUGGUGUCGUAUGAAAUCGUCCUCUCCAUCACCAGACUGAUUAAGAAAUACGGCAAAGAGCUGCAGGUGGUCACAUGGGACAUCCUGCUGGGCAUCAUAGAGCGACUGCUGCAGCAGAUCCAGACGAUAGGCAGUGCAGAGCUGAAGGCCAUCGUCUAUGAGCUGCUGACCACAGUAGAGGAGCUGUAUGAGCAGAACGGUUACCACGGCUCCACGGAGAAGUUCUUCAGUCUGGUGGAGAAAUGUGCCGACAAGAGACCUGAUGCAUCAGUGCUGACCCUUAUCUCGUACAGAGCACAGUCCAUUCAGCCUGCAAAGGAUGGCUGGAUUCAGAGCCUCUACUGCCUCAUGGAGAAGUUCUUUAGGAACGAGACUCGCAGUGUGAUCAGGAUUAAAGUGCUUCAUAUCCUCUCAUUUGUUCUCAGUACCAACCGCCAGCUCUAUGAGGAUGAGCUGAUUGAAAAGGUUGUGAUCCCUCAGCUCAGUGGGAUAGCUGAAGACCGGGACCUGGCGGUCAGAAAACAGGCCACCCAGCUGCUGGUGGAUCUUGCUGAGGGCUGUAACACGCAUCACUUCACCAGCCUCCUGGACAUCAUCGAGCGGGUGGCCAGUCGCUCUCUCUCUUGCUCUGGGUCCCUGGAGGUUUCUGAGAGAGACCCCACAGCUGACUCCCCUAUGGAGGAUGUCAAGACUGCUGUACUGGGCCUGCUGGAAAUCCUGCAGAGCAAACUUUACAGCCUGCCUGCCAGCCAUGCAAGUCGUGUUUAUGAGCUGCUUGUCAGCCACCUGCAGCUUCACUACAAGAACAAAUACUGCUCAGCUACCGCUUCAACUAUUAGACUACAGGUGUUUGACUUCUUCCUGAAGAUGCACGCCGACUCCCUGCAUCGCAUCGGGGUUCCCAACAAGGAUGGAGUGAUGAGGUUCAGCCCUUACUGCUACUGUGACACCGGGGAGCCAGAGAAACGCGUUUGUGAUAAAAAGCCGGCAGGUUCUAUAUCCCCCCCUGCUGGCAGUCCUGCUCCAGUUGCUGCUCUUCCUGCUUCGGCUGCCUCCAUUCGUACAGCCUACCUUCCAUACGCACCUGCCUUCAGCGUCCUACUGCAGUGCCUCAAGAUGGACACUGACUGGAAAGUGCUAAAACUUGUUCUUGACAAACUGCCUUGGAUGCUGCAGUACAAAGUGCUGCUGCUCACUUCAUCGUGCAGCUUGGACCAGCUCUGUUCCACGCUCUGCGCCAUGGUGACAGAUCGUCAGAUCUCAGAUCGUUUGAAAAAGAUGCCAGAGGGUUCUUCCCGCACAGAUGUUCAGCUGGCUGUGGUUCCCGUUCUUACGACAAUAACCUCUUACCACAGCUACAUGGACCAAUCCAGACAGAGAGAGUUAGUUCAGUGUCUCGAAACUGGCCUCAUUUAUCGCUGUGCCAAACAGUGUGUGGUGGCCCUCACUAUGUGCACGGUGGAGAUGCCUGACAUCAUGAUCAAGCUUCUCCCGGCUCUUAUCGUCAAGCUCACCCACAUCUCUGCUACUGUAGCUAUGGCUUCUCCCAUGCUUGAGUUUCUCUCCACUCUGGUCCGGUUACCCCAUCUGUACGGCAACUUUGUAGCCGAGCAGUAUGUGAGCGUGUUUGCCAUCUCGCUGCCCUACACCAACCCCUCCAAAUUUAACCAGUAUAUCGUUUCCCUGGCCCACCAUGUGAUCGCCAUGUGGUUCAUACGCUGCAGACUCCCCUUCCGCAAGGACUUUGUUCAGUACAUAACCAAGGGUUUGCGCUCCAACGCCCUGCUGCCAUUCGACGACGGACACGAGCAAAGCCCCUUCCGCGCCCGGAGCACCAGCCUCAACGAGAGGCCCAAAAGUCUGCGGGCUGGGAAAGUGGCAAAGCCAGCGACAUCUGUAGCCAAUAGCAGCAGCUCUCCAGUUAAAGAGCUGAGGGACCUUUCGGCCAUGGAGGCUUUCCGCUCCCGCAGCAUCAGCGUCUCCGAACACGCGGUUCGCAGGAUGCACACCUCAACCACUACCUGCAGCCUGGGCUCUGCUGAUGAAAAUGCAGUGACUCAGGCCGAUGAGGGGCUCAAGACUGUCCACCUGGAGCUCACAGAGACUUGUCUAGACAUGAUGGCACGAUAUGUGUUUUCCAACUUCUCUGCUUUGCCGAAGAGGUCUCCCAUCGCAGAGUUUCUGUUAGCUGGCGGUCGUAGCAUGACCUGGUUGGUGGGCAACAAGCUUGUCACCAUCACAACCAGUGGGGGAGUCAGAACGCAAGCGUUGCUGGGCCUGGAUAUGUCCGAGCGUCUGGGAGGAGGAGGGGAAAUGACAAGGUCAGAUCCAUCACUUCACACCCGAAUGACCAAAGAGGCUCCGGCCAAACUGGAGUCGCAGUCCAGUCAGCAACAGAACAGAACAACGCGGACACGGGUUCGCUCCAGGUCAGGAGGUCAUGCUCUGCGUGCUGGUCCUAUUCAGAGUCUCAGUCCUCUGGUCUCCCCCUCUGAGGGAGAGUUGGCCUCUCCUCUUUCUCCUUCCUCUGGCCCCACCUUAGAUAGUGUUGGUCCUCCUUCCUCCACCUCUGCCCCUCUUUCUGUCCCCCCUCCUCUCAAAGACAACCCCAGCCUUGCUGAGUUUGUUCCAAUGCUCACUCAAGGUUGGGCAGAGAUCUUCAUCCGGAGACCUUCAGGUAACACCAGCUGGCUGAUGUGUCUGCAGAACCCGCCCAGUCCCUUCUCCUCUGAGCUGGGUAACAUGCCGCUGCAGGAGCUCUCCACUGUCCUGAUGGCAAUGGAGGGAGUAAAGGAGCCUCCUACUCAGACAGCUAGUGCUCCAGCCAGCACAGCAGCCCCAGCACCAACAUCUCUGUCUGAACCUCUAACUCAAACACACAGCAGUGUUGGAGGAAAGUCCAACCUGUUUCAGCGCUCCAACACUGACUCGGUGGUGGUACUGGAGGAGGGCUCAGGGGUCACAGCAGAGCACAUCCCACCUGAGUGGGUGGAGGGUGAAGGGUUUGAGCCAGUGCCCAUCGAGCCCAUAUUCAUGUCUGCUGACAAAGCUCCCCUUCCUGGAAUGCUCAGCAGGUCCUCUUCCACCUCCAGUCAGGAUGAUGAAAAAUCUACUCUGGAAGAGGUGAGCGAAGGAGCGAUUCCCAUCGAUCAGCCUAGUGUUGGCCCUUCCACCCCAGGCAGCCAGGGGCCUGAACUUCCUUUUCAGAGCCACUCUCCGUCUCAGGGUCACGGACUGAACAAGUCUAGCUCGUCUCCGGAGCUCCAGACCCUGCCUGAGGCCUUCACCAAAGCAGCUAUGGAAUCUGACAAAGUUCAGGGGAGCACGUCUCGGCCCAGAGCGCCAUCAGAUGGGAAGCCUCAGGCACAGCAGCCUUAUUCAGACAAAGACAAAGCAGAGGGGAGUGCAGGGGUGGACCUUAAUGGACCAGGAGGUCCGGUCCAAGGUGUAGAAGCCUCAGGCUCGUCAUCUCAGAGUGGAGGAGGUGCUAUGAAGUUAGCUUUUCCAGCUGCGCCAGCACUGCCUGGACCCAUCUCUCCCAGUGGAGGCCACCGACCCCGCGGCCACACCAUCUCUGUCUCAGCCCCGUCCUCCAGGAGAGAGAGGAAGACAGAGAGAGACUCCUAUCACAGCCGACCCGGGCCCAGCAACGCAGAGAAGAUCUCUGGACUGAGUCCCAGUUUUGUCUUCCUCCAGCUGUAUCACUCUCCGUUCUUUGGGAAUGAAGCCAAUAAGCCUCUGCUGCUGCCUAAAACUCAGGUGAUCGAUCGGGCUGUGAAGGUUCUGGACCAGAUGCCUCCGUAUGAUACCCACAAGAUCGGAGUGGUGUUUGUAGGAGCUGGUCAGGUCAACAAUGAAGUUGCCAUCCUUUCCAAUGAAUACGGUUCAAAGCGCUACGCCGCCUUCCUCACCGGUCUCGGUAAAUUAAUCCACCUGAAGGACUGCGACCCCGACCAGAUCUUCCUGGGAGGGCUCGAUCAGUACGGGGAUGACGGAGAGUUCACCUACUGCUGGCACGAUGAUAUAAUGCAGGCUAUAUUUCACAUUGCCACGUUAAUGCCAAACAGAGAGAGUGACAAGGGCUGCUGCAAUAAAAAGAGGCAUAUAGGAAAUGAUUUCGUGAUGGUCGUUUAUAACGACUCAGGAGAGGAAUAUAAACUGGGAACCAUAAAGGGUCAGUUUAAUUUCGUUGAGGUCAUUAUCAAGCCGCUUGAUUACGAGUGCAACCUUGUUUCUCUCCAGUGCCGAAAAGACCUCGAGGGCCUGGUGGACAAAACGGUGGCGAAGGUUGUUUCUGACCGCAACCUUCCACUCUUAGUUCGACAGAUGGCUCUACAUGCAAACAUGGCUUCCUUGGUGCAUCAGUACAGAGCUAAUCCCUCAGAUGCUUAUGCUUCCAAGUGGCUUGCUAGAUUACGGCACAUAAAGAGGAUCAGAACCAGAGCUCAAGAAGACAUCCAGUCCCGCUCAACUCCUGGAAUCUCGCUGACCCAGGGACACACUCAGCAGAACAAGUCAUUUCAGCAAAGCACGUCAGCAACAAACCCCGAGGCCUCUGGACAGAGGAAAAGACUUGUGUCAACAGUGGAUGAUUUCACUGAUUUUGUUUGAUUGCAUUGGUUUCUUUGGCAGACAGACACACACACAUAUACACGCACACACAAAACCACAGAUUGGUUGUGCUUGUGUGUCAACUAAUGUAUGAAUUAAAAGUAAUCAUUUAAAAAGA